AUGGAUUUUGGAAUAGUUUACCAUUUAAUUUAUCUUUUAGCUUUCACAUCAGCAUCUUGUCCUAGUGGUUCAAAAUUCUAUCAAGCUCGGGGAUUAUGUUUUAAAUUGUUUACCGUUUCCAAGAACUAUACCGAAGCGGACAUAGCCUGUAAGGAUAAAGGUGGCAUAUUAGCAAGAAUCAAAGAUGGUGCCAUUCAGAACUUCACAGAGGACAAAUAUGCCGGAAAAUAUUUUUGGAUUGGUUUGGAAGAUGAUGAUAACGAUGGGGUGUACAUGUGGGCUGAUAACUCCUCAGCAAUGUACAAUAAUUGGCAAACUACACCACCCAGUGGUCGUUGUGCAAGAUACACGAAGAGUGGUCUUUGGAUAGCUGAAUUGUGUUCGGAAAUAUUGUGGUUCUUAUGUGAACUGCCUAAGGGACCCAACAAAUGGAAUUUUCUACCAUCGAUUAAUAACCACAGAUCUCAUUGA